AUGCCUGACGGCGAACCGCCGAAAAAGCCAACGAGCCGCUUCAAGAUUUCUUCGGGGCUCUACACAACCACACUGAUUUACGUGUCUGUACAGGUAACUCGUUUUCGAAUUUACCGCCAAUCGAAAAUUUAUUUCAGAUAGCUGUUCUUUCCUUCUUUUCCUCAUAUUACAACUUUGGCUUCCGGAAUGCGACCGACGUAGCCUUAGGAUAUUUGGAAGAGGUUUUUUUCUGAUUUUUUUUCAUAUUCAUAGUUUAUUAAGUUUCAAUACACUCGAGAUACAUUGGAUUGGAUUCGUGAUUCCUGGGAAGAAACCAAAGAAAACUUGAAAAUUCAACCCCGGAAAGCAGAAGAUCUGAAGGUCCUUUUUUUUGGUUUCCGGAUAAGUUUUAUAUGAAAGGAAAAUGAAAAUGAUUUUUCAAAGGUACUAUAAGGUUGAAUGUUGGUUUAAAGUCCUCAGAGAGCAUUUUCAGGCUGUGGAUGCUGAAGUUCACACAACGGGAAGCAAGAAAAUACUGACACCAGAACAAUUAAAGUUCUUCGAUGGAACCAGAGACUCUAAGUUUGUUUAUCGAGUCAUUUUUACGGUUUAUUUUUUUCGAAGUCAACCGAAGACUAAUCUGAUAGUAGACGCUAUUUCAGUAAGAAGCUUCACAUAAUUCAUAUAUGAACUCAACAAUUUUUGGAUAUCAAAGUAAAGACAUCUUAACAAUUUUAAAAACUGAUCUCAAAUAGUUGAGGACACCAUCACUGGCUCUGAAAAAAAAGCAUAUCUCUGAAACUAGAAUUUUGUGCAGCUUGCGACUUCGAGAGAUUUUAAUGGAGGCCUCAGGGAACUUUUCGAAAAAAUUUCAAAAAACUUAAAUUACUGAAAUGGCCCUCUUGUGGUGGAAGUUUUCAGUUUAUUGAUUUCAAAGCCUUUUUCAAAAUUUCAAAAAAAAAAUUUUCUCUUUCAGACCUAUUUACCUGGCGAUCCUUGGACGGGUUUAUGAUGUGAACAAAGGCAAAAAACAUUAUGGAGUUGGUGGCGGAUACCACUUCUUUUCUGGUGAGUGUUUAUUUCGCCCUCAAGAAGAACCUUUUUGACGUUUUCGUUUCAUUAAUUUUUUUGAAUAUCUUAAAAAAAGCUCCUGAACAGGCCGAGACGCGACGCGGGCCUUCGUCACUGGCGACUUCAGCGAGGAAGGUCUGACAGACUCGACGGAAGGCCUUUCCCACGAAGAUUUGCUCGGUAUUUUUUUCUGCCUUUCAAUCAUUCAUACGAGUUUCAGGAAUUCGCGAUUGGCUGUCGUUUUAUGAGAAAGACUAUUCAAUCGUUGGAGUUGUUUCUGGACGUUAUUACGACUCUGAGGGAAAUCCUACCUCUGAACUCGAAGAAGUAACUUUUUGAUAACUUCUCCUUCUAUGUAUUAUUUUAUCGAAAAAAAAAUAGUUUCGAUAAGAUUGAAGCAUCAGUAAAUUUUAGGUAUUGGCCCGAAUUGAGACCGCCAAUGACUUCCGCAAAAUGAAGUCAGCUGAGGCUGAGGUUAUUUUUGACAUUUAUCAUCUCGAUAACCUUUUUUUUGGAGUUAGGAGUUGGUUUACUCUUUAUACCGCUUUCCAGUUCGAUUCUCCCUGCGAAAAGAAGAGUUCAGUGCACUAAAAUUUCUUAUUUUUACAGUUUUCGCAACUUCAAAAAAUUUAUAAUUCAGAAGCAAGAAACGUAAUACGUUAUACUAACUCCAAAGUUUAUUAAAGGCAACGGCUCGUUUAAAUUUUUUAUUCCGUCAUCAAAACAAAACUUCAAAGUUUCAUUCCAUUAGGGACUUCCUCGGUAAAUAUAUGCUUCUUCAACGAGUUAUAUCACGAUAUCCACAUGAAUUGCUUUUUGAAACUUGAUGUUUACUCUAUCAAGCUCUAAUUUUUUUUUUGCAAAGGUAGACUUGUUAUUAGAAGCUUUCCAGCACGUAAUUUUUCUGUUAGCACGAUUUACUUUAGUUUAUUUGAACCGGUCGUAUAGUUUCUUCUUGAGGUCUUCCCACCGUGCAAUAGCGAAUGGCAUCAGAAGACAGGCGGACGAGUGUGGUGUUCGACGAAAAGCGGCGGAAUCAACAGAGAUUGGGCCGGCGUCCCUAGGUUUCGCUCACAUGCCAUCCAUGAUUAUAGUUCUCCUUAUCAACUUCUCUGACUUCUUGCGGACAUUCGAAACCUCUAGAUAGACGAUUUCCUGAAAAAACUUUGUUGAGAUUUUUUUUUUUCUAUUGUAUUGAAAUUCGUAAUAAGUUGUUAUUACUUCUUUUCUCAAUUGCUCUCAAUUGUUCGUCGAAUUUUGGAAAACUCGCCAAAGCUAGAAGUUCAGUCCAGCAAUUGUUUAUGGAGUAUUAUUUUCAGACUUCUACUUGACCCAGCAACGAAGCAGAAACGAUGCGCGUGUGUGAAAAACUUUGGAGUGGGACUUUCGGGGGCAGAAAGCGUCAAGAAAUCGACCAAUCGGGGCGAUUUGGACCAUCCACAUUUGAAGGUUUCUUUUUUGAAUUUUUUUGAACCUCUUAGAAGGCGCGAGGCAACGUUAGACUACGACGUAGAUUCCGUCUACCUUGUUUUGAGAUUUUUAGUUAGAUUCUUUCUUCCAGACAUAUUCCAAUUGUUCGCCAACGGCUAAUAGCUGCAAAAUAACAGAUGAUGACUGA